AAUCGUCUUCCUUUUGUUCUUAUUCCUCAUCUUUGUCUAGCUCCUCCUCCUUUCUUCUUCUAAGUUGCCAGCAAUUUCCACCAAUACCACCUUCAUCAAUCUCCUUCAACCCAUAAAGCAGAACAUGCACAAGUUCCAUCAGCCAGUUCCACCUAAAAAAGACCCAAACUAGUACCUUCAUCAUCUAAUCUAACUUGAUAUGGAUGUGCCCUCCUCGUCUUCUUCCAACACCCACACAGUUCCUUCGUCAUCAUCUGCUUCACCCUCCAACUGGGAACAUGAUGUGUUCCUCAGCUUUAGGGGCGAGGACACCCGCAAUAAUUUUACAGAUCAUUUAUACUAUGCGUUCAAUCAGAAAGGAAUCAACGCAUUUAGAGAUACUGAAAAGCUUCCGAGGGGGAAAUCCAUUUCACCAGAACUUCUGAAAGCAAUUGAAGAGUCCAAGUUUGCGGUUACAGUGCUUUCCACCAACUAUGCAACUUCAAGUUGGUGCCUAGAUGAACUUGCGCAUAUUCUUGAAUGCAAGGAAGUGAGGGGACUGGAAGUUCUUCCCAUUUUUUACCACGUGGAACCAUCUGAAAUCAGGAAGCAAACUGGAAACUACGGCAAGGCGUUUGCUAAGCAUGAGACUGAUUUUGAGGACAAUAUGGAAAAGGUGGAUAAUUGGAGGCAAGCUUUGAAGGAGGUAGCCAGUCUCUCCGGAUGGCAUGUGACACAGGACAGGAGAGAAUCAGAAGUAAUUCAAGAACUAGUUAAUCAGAUUCUAAACAUACUUAACAAUAUGUUAUCUGUUCCUGAGAGAGUUUUAAUUGGAAUAGAUGCCCGUAUAAAAGAAAUAGAGUCUCGUCUGAAUCUUGAGUCAAAUGAUGUUCUUACCAUAGGGAUUUGGGGGAUGGGUGGAAUUGGUAAGACAACUCUUGCCAAAGAAGUAUUCAAAAAGUUCCGUAACCAGUUUCAUCUCAGCGGCUUUGUUUCCCAAGUUAGAUUGCAAUCUGAAGUUGAGUUGCAGCGACGUCUUUGUGAAUCCUUUUUGGGGGAUGGCAAUAUAAAUAUUGAUCACGUUGAAAAAGGGAUCAAGUUAUUGAAGAAGGCACUGUUUAAGAAAAAAGUGCUAAUUAUUCUCGAUGAUGUUGAUAAUUUUAAACAAAUAGAAUGCCUAGCACCUGGAGGCCCGCUUGGAGAGAAUAUUUGGGGUGGAGGGAGUCGACUCAUUAUAACUACUAGAGACCGGAGCUCAUUGAGAAACUUUAGUGUACAAGAAAAUAAAAUAUAUGAGGUAGAAAAAUUGAGAGACGAGGAAGCUUUUCAGCUGUUAUGUCAGAAAGCCUUCAAGAAAGAUAAUCCCCCACAGGAGUUUGUAGCUUUGUCCAAGAGUUUUCUGCAAUAUGCUAGUGGCCUUCCUCUAGCUCAUGAAGUUCUAGGUUCAUACUUGUCUAGACUAAAGGUGGAUGAAUGGUCAGAGAUAUUGCAUAGACUAGACGAUGAUCAGGAUAAAGACAUUUUCAGUGUGCUUCAAAUAAGUUUUGAUGGGUUACAGGAUACAGACAAGAAAAUAUUUUUGGACAUUGCAUGUUUCUUCAAUGGCGAGGAUCAUGUCCGUGUAAAGAAUAUAUUGAAAGGUUGUGGUUUUUCUUCUGGAAUAGGUAUAAGCAACCUCAUUGACAAAUCUCUUAUUAAAAUUGAAAGAAAUAAACUGUGGAUGCAUGAUUUACUACGGUGCUUGGGUUGGCAUAUUGUUCGUGGAGAAUCUUCUUUUCCGGGUAAUCGUAGCAGGUUGUGGAUUGACGACAAUGCACACAAGUACGAAGGGAGAAGUUCUUGGCGUUUUGAGGAUGCUCGUAACGUGCUCAUGAACAAUACAGGAAAGUCUUGUAUAGGGGAAAGCUGCUGUUGA